CAGACAAUGUUUACCAUAAACAUUGAUAAACAUGUGUGAAUGUGUGUGACUAUCCGCGCAUACAUACGUACCUAUCUUGUGUACAUAUACGCAUGCACACAACUACUGAUCACCAAUAUGGCGUCCCAAAUUCUAGCUUCGGAUGACCUGUCUAAAUCCAGUAACUCAUCUAGGGACCUUGGGGCAAACUUUAUACAAUUUAGGACUUUUUUUGCCGGUGAUGGCGCUUGUAAAAUUUUUUUUAUAUAGAUUUCACAUACAAAAGCUCUACAAGCGCCGCCAGUGGAGGAAAAAAGCCCUAAAUUGUAAUGCCCUGUGAAUUGGACUGCAGAUGUCCUUAAUGACUUUGAAAAAGGGAAUGAAGUGUCAGCAAUGUUUCUAGAUAUAAAAGGGGCUUAUGAUAACGUUCUUCCGGAUUUACUUAUUGAUAACUUAAAAAAUCUAGAUCUUCCAGGCAACCUUCUAUCAUUUAUAUACAAUUUAACCUCAAGCAGAAAACAUCAUGCUAAGUAUGGAGAUUUCGAAGAAGUAGGGUAGGUCUUCCCCAAGGAAGUGUACUUAGUCCAUUACUUUAUGCGUUAUAUCUGAAUAUAAAAGAAAUUAUGAAUCAUGGAUGUAAAAUUCUUGAGUUCGCAGAUGAUGUGGUAAUUUAUACUUCAAAUGAGAACACACAAAUCGGGAUAAAUAAUUUAGAAAGAGAUACAAAUAACGUAAAUAGCUAUUUGGAAACAAAGAGACUAAGCUUAGCUGCAAACAAGUGCAUCUUCAUGGUAUUUAAUAAAUGUAGUGGUCAAGGGGGUCUGUGGGACGUUAAUCUUGACAGUAAUGUAAUAACUUCUCCUAGAAUAGUAAAAUUUCUUGGUCUAUGGUUAUCUUCCAACUUUAAGUGUGAAAAACAAAUAUCUAGUAUUGAAGCAAAAUGCCAGAACCCUUUAAAAAUAUUUUUAGCGAAUUUUGUAGGCUUUUCGAUAGCAAUGGGUAACAAUGAUACACUCUAUAAAUUUAGAUCAUCCGAUAUAGCUUCUAUUUUUACAGCUGAAGCCUUGGCAAUAGGGGAAUGUCUCAAUUUAAUCGAGAGAAAAGAUCCAGGUAAUUUCAGUAUCUUUUCCGACUCUCUAAGUGUUUUAUUAACAAUUUUCAGUAAAUUAAAAAUUAACUCAACAAAAUACAUAAUGUGGUAUCUAAAAAAUAAACUCUAUCAGUUAGGAAAUGCAGGCAAAAUAGUCAAUUUAUACUGGGUACCAGCACAUAGAGGUAUUACAGGUAACGAAAAAGCAGAUUCAGGGGCCAAAGAUGCGAUACGUAAUGGUGUUGAUUCUCAGCUGUUGCUCACAAUUGCAGAUCUAAAAAGUUAUUGGAAAAAUCAAAUGUACAAAGAGUUUAAUAGCUUUUGCACUGAAACAGGUAGAGAAAAAGGAAAUUAUUAUUUCAGUCACUUGUAUGAUCCAGCCCCAUCACAGUGGUUUAAUGAGUGGCCUAUUAAUCGACGUGGGAUUUGUACAAUCAACAGACUCCGUUCUGGACAUAAUUCUUUAAAUAUAUCAUUAAAAAAAAUAAAUGUUAUUCCUUCGAGUCUAUGUGAAUGUAACAAAAAAGAUGAAACUCUAGAUCACGUUUUAUGGUCUUGUGAACUACACAAGAAACAGAGAGAAAAGCUGAUAAAGAUUUUAACGAAAAAUGGUAAAGAACCGCUGGUUCGGGAUCAUGAAGACUAGAGACCUAGGCUAGACUAGGUCUCUAGUCUUCAUGUUCGGGAUACUCUGGGACUGCUAAAAUGUAAUAGUAGGCCUAAAACUAUGGCAUUUAGUAACUUUUUGAACACGAUAUCCAAAAAAAUUUAAUCAAGAAAAUUGAGUAUCGUUUAUAUUUCUUAUAGUCUUAUGCUUAUACAGAUAUAUUUUAAUGUUAUGAACCUAGAAAUAUUUUAUUGUUAGUGUUGUGCCAUAUACUUUGUACCUUCAAAGAGAGCAAAUAACAAUCAAAACAAAGACUUAACUAAAUUAGUUUAAAGUACUAAAGUAAGAAGUUCAGAAGACAUAUUUGACUGUAAGCAAAAGUAUUCGUAUUUAAAUACCUAUAUUUAUCUAUUUAAGUUUUAUGAUGUUUUUAUAUUUUAUAAAAAAAAGAGAAGAAAAAGGAAAAUGUUAACGUUCAGUUAGAAUAUCAGAUCUAAAUAAUAGUUAACUGAAUAUACAAUCAUAUUAUGAUAGAAUAUGAUCUCAGGGUAAUUUUUCCCACAAACACAUUUUUUUGCACCUUGUAAGAAAACCUUUAUAAAGAUACUUCACUGGAAGUGUAAAGACUCCUUCAUAAACGAAUUAUACUAUAGUGUAAAGAGGGCUGGA